ACAUCAAUAUACAGCUUCCAAGUUAAUAUUUAUAAGGAAUAUGCAAUAAAAUUUAUUAUCAGUGCAGACUACAAAGUUUAUCUAUAACUACUCUACAUAAAAUAUUAGUCAAUCAUCAACAUGCAAGGCAUUAACUACGCAAAAUCAAAAGUUUUGCGGAGUUUCCUGAGUCAACAUUUAAAAUGUAUACGGAGCUGUUCUACAAUAAAUUUUAUACAAAACAAAAUAAAAUCUGUCACGGAUCAAGCACUUUUAGGAGGUGGGCAAAAACGAAUCGAUGAGCAACAUGCAAAGGGAAAACUCACUGCAAGAGAACGCAUCAGUAUAUUUGCCGAUCCGCAUACCUUUACUGAAUAUGAUAUGCUCAUGGAACAUACAUGCACUGAUUUCGGAAUGGAAGCAAAGAAAUAUCCUGGUGAUUCAGUAGUUACAGGACAUUGUCGCGUCAACGGUCGCCUGGUAUAUGUGUUCAGUCAAGACUUCACUGUGUUUGGUGGAAGUUUAUCAAGUACCCAUGCGAAAAAAAUUUGCAAGGUGAUGGAUCAAGCAAUGGCGGUGAAGGCACCGGUUGUUGGCUUGAAUGAUUCGGGAGGUGCGCGAAUUCAAGAAGGAUUGGAUUCGUUAGCUGGUUAUGCUGAUAUAUUUCAAAGGAAUGUAUUGGCGUCAGGUGUAAUUCCACAGAUUUCGUUGAUCAUGGGUCCUUGUGCAGGUGGAGCAGUUUAUUCACCAGCUUUGACUGAUUUUACAUUUAUGAUAGAAGAUACUUCAUAUUUGUUUGUAACUGGACCAGAUGUUAUAAAGAGUGUUACCAAUGAAAAUGUAUCACAAGCUGAACUAGGUGGUUCUAAUACUCACACUAAACAAUCAGGAGUUGCCCAUAAAGCUUUCAAAAAUGAUGUAGAUGCAUUACUUAACUUGAGAUAUUUUCUGGGAUUUCUUCCUCAAUCUAAUACUGACGCUGCACCCAUAAUUCCUUGCAAUAAUUUAAGUAUUGAUGAUAUUCCAUUGUUUGAUUCUAUUGUACCAAAAGAUUCCUCCGAAGCUUACAAUAUGUUGGAUAUCAUUUAUAGUCUUGUGGAUGAACGAGAGUUUUUUGAACUAAUGCCAGAGUAUGCCAAAAAUAUUAUUACUGGUUUUGCUAGAAUGAAUGGACGUUCGGUAGGCAUUGUCGCUAAUCAACCAAAAUACCUUGCUGGUUGUUUAGAUAUAGAUGCGUCUGUGAAAGCAGCACGUUUUGUGCGCUUUUGUGACGCUUUUAACAUUCCGUUAAUUACUUUAGUAGAUGUACCUGGUUUUCUCCCAGGUGUAGUAAAUCAGGAAAUUUCUGGAAUUAUAAGACAUGGGGCUAAACUAUUGUACGCGUAUGGUGAAGCAACGGUGCCGAAAUUGACAGUAAUCAUAAGAAAGGGUUACGGUGGGGCAUAUGAUGUAAUGUCAUCGAAACAUUUAAGAGGAGAUGUAAAUUAUGCCUGGCCUACCGCGGAACUGGCGGUAAUGGGAGCUAAAGGUGCUGUUUCAAUUUUAUAUCGUGGAAAAGAAAAUGUAGAGGUUUACGAAGAAGAAUAUAAAGGGAAAUUUGGAAAUCCAUUUACCGCUGCGAAAAGAGGUUUCGUUGAUGCUAUAAUUGAACCAGCCUCAACACGUAGAAGAUUAUGUCAGGAUUUGGAAAUUUUAUCAACGAAGAAAAUUGAUAAUCCUCCCAAGAAACAUGGAAAUAUGCCACUAUAAGCUAUAUUUGUAGCUAUCAUGAUAGAUACAGAUUAUAACAUUAUUUAAUGCACAAGUAGCGAGUACAAUCUAACCUAUAUUUAAUCGGAUUAAUGGAUUAAAGUUUUGCAUAAUAACACAA